UAUUUUAGGUUUUGUCAUCUGCAGUGAAGAUCAUUGUGGAACAGAAGAUUGAAUAAAGCCUUGAAACUAAAUUAGAGAUUUAGAAAAGAAAGUUAAAAUUAGUCACUUUGAUUUUAGUGUUCCAAUUUCAUAAUAUUUAUUCUUCUAAAUAGAUUUAGGGAGUAGAAGAUAAAAUUCAGUGUUAUACUAAAGGAUGCACUGAUAUUUGUUUGUGUGUGUGUGUUUAAGAGAAGAAAGUAGACAACCAAGAGCUAUAGAGAUUCAUAAUGAAAUAUACUAAAUUGAAUUUUAUGAUGUCAGUUCUUGGCAUUAUAAUCUAUAUAACUGAUUUAAUUGUGGACAUCUGGUUAUCUGUUAGGUUUUUCUAUGAAGGACAAUAUGUUUUUGGAGUUUUAACAGUAAGUUUUAUGCUCUUUGGAACACUUGUGGUCCAGUGUUUUAGUUAUUCUUGGUUCAAGGCUGAUUUAAAGAAAGCAGGCCAAGAAAGUCAGCAUUGUUUUCUUCUACUUCACUGCUUGCAAGGAGGAAUUUUUACAAGGUAUUGGUUUGCCUUGAAAAAGGGUUAUUACGUGGCUUUCAAAUAUAGCAGCAAAACCGAUAACUUCAUAGAACAACAAAUUGAUCCACAUAAAGAAGCUAUAGAUAGAAUGACUGAUUUGAGCAUGCUCAGGCUAUUUGAAACUUACCUGGAAGGCUGUCCACAACUUGUUCUUCAGCUCUAUAUCUUUCUGGAACAUGGUCAAGCAAACUUCAGCCAGUAUGCAGCCAUCAUGGUCUCCUGCUGUGCUAUUUCUUGGGCGACUGUUGAUUAUCAAGUAGCUUUAAGAAAAUCCUUGCCUGAUAAAAACCUCCUUAAUGGGAUCUGUCCCAAACUCACAUAUCUCUUUUAUAAGUUGUUUACAUUAUUAUCUUGGAUGCUGAGUGUUGUACUUCUUUUUUUCUUAAAUGUUAAGGUUGCUUUAUGUCUGUUGUUAUUUCUUUGGUUUUUAGGUAUAUUGUGGGCAUUUAAAAACCAAACUCAGUUUUGUGUUUCCAUGAUUAUGGAGUUCUUAUACAGGAUUGUUGUUGGAUUUAUUCUCAUUUUUACAUUUUUUAAUAUUAAGGGACAGAAUACCAAAUGUCCAAUGUCUUGUUAUUAUAUUGUAAGGGUACUUGCAACAUUGGGGAUAUUGAUUGUGUUGUGGCUGUGCCCACUUUCUAUUUUUAAUUCGGACUAUUUUAUACCUAUCAGCAUUAUUAUAGCUCUUACUCUUUUCCUUGGAGUUCUUCUUCUUAUUGUUUAUUAUGGGACUUUGCAUCCAAAUAGAAGUGAAGAAAUGAAACCUGAUGAAAUUGAUGGAAAACCAGCUCAAACAGAUUGUAGAAUGAAGUAUUUCCUAAUGGAAUAAGCUAUUUAUUUAUGAGAAAUAUUUUCUUAUGUUUUGUUUCAUUGAUUAGUAAAGAAAAUGUGUGUAUGUGUGUAUUGUUUCUUAGUUUUGCGUUCUUUAACUUGAGAUCAGUAAUGGCAUGUUAUUUAUGAAUGUGAGAGCAUAUUAAUAUUUUUAUUGUUUAGAUUAAUUUCUCAUUUGGUUUUGAAGAUCCUAAGAACUUAGAUAUAUUUGCCUAUUGUCUGGCAGAGUACCCAUCCUGAGCCUGAAUUGGAAGAAAUAGUCUAGCUCCCAUAAUUAGAAGGCUGGAAUUGAGCUUUCUUUCAAUGAUCUGUCCAUUUUCCUGAAGUAAAAUGAGGAAUUUAUUGUGGAGAACUGCAAAGGGAAGUGAGCAGAACACUCAUUCUUUUCUUCUGUAUUUUCCUUGAUUUGGUGCAUAUAUUGAGUUGGAAACAGACUGAGUUGAGGAAAAGGGAAAGAAGGGGAGGAGGAAAAA